AUGGAAAACUACAAUUAUGAAUUCGAGGCUGAGAUCCCAGAGGUGGAUCCCCUCGUCGGUGGAUGUGGACGCGGACGUGGUCGUGGUCGUGGUCGUGGACAGGGACGCGGGUGCGACAGAGGACGUGGAGGCCAAGGAGGAGGAUAUGACUAUGAAAACUUUGUACCUCCAGUAAUUCCUGACCGCACUGCCGCCGAAAAAUUUAGGAAGGAGAAACCCCCGACUUUCGACGGAAUGGGUGGACCCGAAGACGCUGAAAGAUGGAUAAGGGCGGUGGAACGAAUCUUCCACUACAUAAACUGUGAGGAAAAUGAAAAAGUUAAGUGCGCCACGUACCAACUCGUGGACGAAGCAGAUUUCUGGUGGGAGUCGGUGAAGAACACCAUGACUGAGGAACAGCUUGGGGAACUAACCUGGGCGGAAUUUAAGACCAAGCUAUUUGAGAAAUAUAUACCAGAGUGCUACCGUCAAAGGAAGCAAAACGAAUUUUGGAAUCUGAAGCAGAGAAACAUGACGGUAUCCGAGUAUGAUCGGACUUUCAACCAAUUGUCCCGUUAUGCUCCACACCUGGUGGACACAGACGAAAAACGGACAGAAAAAUUCUGCAAUGGUCUGCGCCAUGAAAUUUCAAUCGUCCUUGCAAGCCAAGGACGCCUCACCUAUGGUCAAACCUUGAACAGGGCACUCACCAUCGAGUCACUACUGCCUAAGGAGAAGGCAAAGGCCCCUGCCCAAUUUGCUCACGCACCACAGUCUGGCCAAGCAUCACACUCGGAUGUGGGAAAAGGAAAGAGAAAAUGGGAAGAGAGAGGAAAUUAUGAACACGGGAAGAGGCUGUGGGCAGGCAACCAGGGACGAAACUUCAAUCAACAGCAGCAAGCCCCACAAAGGCGACCAUGCCCGAGGUGCAACAGAGUUCACCAAGGAGAAUGCCUAGGGAAAGUGAUCGUCUGUUACAACUGUGGUGAACAAGGGCACUAUGCCCACACCUGCCCCAAAAGGAAUAGAAGAGCUCCACAGCAGUACAACCCUGGCCGCCCACAGAGAAACUUUGGAAACCCUCCCAGAAACCCAGGAAACCAGCAACAGAACCCGGCAAACCAGCCAAGACAAAAUUAG